AUGACGAAGCGGAUCCCGCGGGACGCGGAUGAAAUAGUCUAUCCCAAAUGCCGACUGACGGAGAUGGGGAAAGAAUACGUGGGCACCAUGAACGUGACAGAGAGUGGAAGUCCCUGCCUGAGAUGGGAUUCCCCUGCAGUGACAUCUUCGUUCCUCGAUGUCGGUAAAGGAUUCGAUAAAUAUAUGUUCUACUAUGAGCAUUUUCUGAGCCAGGACCCGUCCUUGCAUGAGAAUUUCUGCCGGAACCCGACGUCGAACACGGGACCCUGGUGUUUCAUCCGAACGUCAGACGGAAUAACAUGGGAGAAGUGCUCGAUUCCAUUAUGUGAUGACCUAGGAGCACCAGAAUGCAAGCUGACACAGAAGGGAGCAGAAUACAUAGGUGCAAGGAACAGGGCACUUUCAGGUUCUCCAUGCAUGUCGUGGUCAUCAACAAGCGGGGCGAAUGCAUUGUAUGCAUUCUGGAAACAGACAUUCCCUGAUUCCAUCACUGCUAGCCACAACUACUGUCGGAAUCCGAAUGGGAAAAUGGGUGGUCCCUGGUGCAUAGUUUCGGAUGCCGAAAGUUCAGAGGAGGCAUGGGGAUACUGCGAUGUGCAGUUCUGUGAAAUGGAGCAAAAGGAAAUGACAUGUGAGAUAGAAGGCUGUUGCCAGCCGAGCGAGCCGUAG